UCAGUUUUUAAAUAAAAAUGUACGUAUCAGGGGAGUAAAUAAUUUUUGACAUGCUCUAAUGGUUUCCAUGUGCUGGGGAUUUUUUAUUUGUUGGGAAUUUUAUUUUUCUUGAAAGUUUAAUUUUGUUGAAAAGGUUUUUGAAGAUGGAUAGUUUUGCUGAAGCUCAGAUGAAGAAACAUGGCUGGCGGGAAGGUAAAGGCCUGGGAAGGAAGGAAAAUGGGAUUUGCGAGCCGAUCAAAGUUAAGAUGAAAAAAGAUACAACUGGUGUCGGCCAUGACCCCGGUGAACAAUUCACACAUCAUUGGUGGGACGAAGCUUAUAAGAACGCAACUAACAAUAUACAUGUCCAAGUUACCGAGAAUGGAGUGAAAGUUCAAUCGAAGGAAGAAAGCAAAUCAAUGUGCACGUAUAAAGUUGCGACGAAACUCCGAUCACGAAGAGAGGUUUUGUACGGGAGGUUCGUGAAGAGCGGGACGUUAACAGGCGGGGUGAUGGACGGGGUCGAUUCAUCCGAUACAAGCGAGGAUGAGAUUGUUGGCAACAAUGCCCUUAGUGAUGAACAAUUGUUUAAAGUUUGCGGGGGAAGGACCGCUCAUAAGGGCGCUCGGCACGGGUUAAAACUCAGCGGCAAACUUGAACGAUUGGCUCAACAAGAGAGCAAAGAUUUAUUGGUCUCUCAAGUUGAAGCACCUGCGAAAAAGAAAAAAAAAAAGAAAAAGGCAAUUUGUAAGGGGGAUUCCCCUACACUGAAACCAAGGAAGGAUAAUUCAGUGUCAGAACAGCCAGUGCUUAAAACUGAUUCGACGAAAAAAAAGAAGAAACGGAAAAAGCAUCGAGAGAAAGAAGCAGCUGAUGAAAAUGUUGUUAAAAAGAAAAGAAAAUCUUGACGAGAAAUUGUGGAGAUAUUUAAACUUUGUUGAAGAUGAGAGUGGUUUAUGUGGAUGCGAUAUUAUGGAUGCGAUAUUAUGGAUGCGAUAUUACAAACUUAGUUAAAUACAAACUUAGUUAAAUACAAAACAGUUAAAUACAAAACAGCAAAUGUGAAAAAAAA